AUGAUCUCUUCCAACCUCAACACUACACAUAGGUUGCAUAUACUCCCACCGGAUGUGGAGUUUUGGUCAAGGUCACUUAGAAGUACUGACUCUGGGUGGUUAAUUUCUUCUGUUCUAUUCCCCAUAAACCUUAUUGGUGUCCAUCGGUUUUCGGCAGUGCUAGAUUUAACAAUGUGGAAAGUAAACAUUUAUGAUUCAACACGAUCUAUGAAUUUCUUCAGAAGGUACAAGAUUGGUGGAGAAUUCCAAAGUUUUGGUGAUAGUAUUAUCUCAAAGGUAGAUGUGAUUGAGUAUGGGAACGAUUACCCUGAUGGACACAGAGAAACUGCAAUUGUGGAAUUUAUUGAAGCUAUAGACAUGCCACAAUAG